CCGGAAGGGGCGGUUCCCCUUUGCCAGACGCGGGACCUCUGCCGUCAUGGCUUCUCGUGCGGUCGUUGGCAUUUUCCUGCUCUCUGCUGUCCCUCUCUUGUGUCUGGAGCUCAGGCGUGGGAUCCCGGGACUAGGAAUUAAAGAUCUCAUUUUGCUGUGUGGCCGGAUUUUCUUACUGCUUGCACUUCUAACUUUAAUUAUUUCCGUGACGACCUCAUUGCUUAAUUCAUUUAAAUCUUCCCAAGUUGAUCUGAGAGAAGAAGAGAAGAAGGAGGAAGAAGAGAACGAACUAAGACAAAGACAAAGACUUGUAAGAAAAAGGCAACAAGAGGCACAGGGUGAAAAGGGUAAUGAAGAUUUGGUGAUAGAAAAUACAAGUCAGACAUCUUCUGAAACAUCAAACAGAGAAGCUGCAAAGAGAAGGAACUUGGAUAAACUUGUAACGGAAGUUUCACCACCUGCUGAAUGGCCCUGGCAGAAGCAGGUUCCUGAUUUACCUGAAGAACCUUCUGAAACAGAUGAAGAAGUAAUAACCAUUGCUCUCCGACGUCCAAGUGGGAAUGUCCUGAGGAGAAGGUUCUUUAAGUCUUGCAGUUCACAGGUCUUGUUUGACUGGAUGAGGAAAAUUGGAUACCAUCCAUCUCUCUACAGCCUUUCUACGUCCUUCCCCAGGAAGCCUCUGGAGGUGGAGGAAGGCUGCUCCCUGGCCGAUAUAGGAAUCACUGUGGACACUAUACUCAUUGUGGAAGAGAAAGAACAGGGCAACUAGGAAAGAACUGUCAAAAACUAUGAUUCUACUUACAGUCAUCUAUACUAUGACCGCAGAUCCACAUUCAAAUCAUGCCAUACCUUGAUAGAGCUCAAGGCAGCACAAACUUCAGUGUUGUUAUCAGUGGGAAAACAGCCACCUAAAAAUGGGAAAAAGAUGGCUUUCUGCAUAUAAUUUGUAGGCUGUGCCAUCUUUAGUGGACCAAACAAAGAUGAGGUAAAAAUGUAUAUAUAGUGAGGUAUUAAUUUUAUACUUUCAUUAGUGGACAUCUUUGGAUGCUGAAAGUCAGUCCCAGGUAUGGUAGCGCAUGCUCCUAAUUCUAGCAAUCCCGGGCAACACAAGAUUCUGUCCUGAAACCAAAAAA